UAGAAGUGGUCUUUUCUUAACCUGCAAGACAGUGUAUUGUUUAUUUGGUCACCUCGUGUUAUUGAGUCGUAUAGAAUCAAUUUAUGGUAUCGUUGGUUGUUUGUAGGAAGUAAAAAUGAAAACAACUGCAGAAGAAGGUAGUUCAUCUCUAGUUAUAAAGAAAAGGUCGAAGUCAUCUGUUAAUUCUAAUAACAGAAAGAAGAAAAUGAAACGUCGGGUGAAAUCGGUAGAAAAUAAGGGAGUGGUGUAUCUUUCACAUAUCCCCCAUGGCUUUUAUGAUGACCAAAUCAAAGGGUACUUUGCCCAGUUUGGGAAGGUUACAAAUGUCUCAGUCCCAAGAAGCAAAACGGGAAGGGCUAGAGGAUUUGCUUUUGUUGAAUUUCAACAUCCAGAGGUUGCUGAGAUUGCGGCAGAAACAAUGAACAACUAUCUUAUGUUCAAAAGAUUAAUUAAAGCCAAGUAUAUUCCACCUAAUGAACAGAAACCACGCCUCUUCAUAGCAGCUGAUGAGUCAAAAAAGAGCCAUACAACCAUUCCUGAGAAAGCUGCGAAGUCCAUGAAACAGAACCAACUAAUGAAAAAUAGACAGCUUAAGAAAGACAAGGAGGUAAAAGUGAUGAACAAAUUGUUGAAAAAACAAGAGGAAAUGAGCAAAAACCUGGAGAAGCUUGGUGUUGACUAUAAAUUCCAGGUCCAAAAAGCGAACAUUGAGUCUUUGUUGUUAAAAGAAAAGAACAGUGGAAAUGAAAAAGGCAAGAAAGAAAAAAGAAAAAAAGAAGAAAAGAUAAAGAAGCCCCCCAAGAAUAAGAAAGCGUCUUCUGUGGAAGAUGAAAAUGAUUCAUAGGCUGAUUUUAAGUAGAAUUAGCCUCAUGAAAUAUAUUGGAUAUUACUUUUCCCAACCUUAUAGUUUUACUCAUUUUAGUAAAAUUCGUAAAUUGUUUGUUUAAAGUUUCUUAUUAACAAUGGGAGGAUUGUGAAGUAAAUGGGAUUUUUCUGGACAUUUGUUCAGUGAUAUAAAAAAUCAGUAACACUACGUUUUGAGAUCUGCAAUCUGAGAUCUUCAAGUGGUUGGUCAGCGUGUUUAGUUUUAUUAUUUGUUUAAUUUAACAUAGUUUGUAAUUAAUUAUAUGUUAGUUUAGUUAUUUAGUGUUACUUGAAGAAUAGAUCAGAUUACAGAUCUCAAAACCUAGUGUUACUGAUUUUUUGUAUCACUGAAUGCUGGAAAAUGUCCGGAGAAAUCCUGUUUUUUUUUAAUUCUUAAUGUUGGGAAGGAUAAUAACUGAAUAUUUCAACAGAUUUACAGGGGUUUUCUUGAAUUUGCACUCUCUUCCAAAGUGUGAAAAUUUAAGAAAACCCCUGUAACUUUAAUUCAAUGUUCUUAAUUUUGAUUUAUAAUAUUGUGGUUUUAAACAUUUUGUAAAUAAAAUAUUUGUUAUAUGAAAUAA